GAGUCUCCCAAAGAAUUUUGGGUAAUGGAAAGAGCUCGAAUGAAAUUGUUGAUGAAUAUAUUCGACGCAACCAACCUGACGGCACUACUCACCAUUCACGCACAUGACAGUCAACUGGCUGCAAUCCGGUUCAGUGCUGAUGCAAAGAAACUGGCAACUGCCUCUACGAAAGGGACAGUCAUUCGAGUUUUCGCAAUACCCACCGGCGAGCGUUUGUUCGAAUUCACGAGAGGUCUGAAGAGAUGUGUUGCGAUUCAUUCGCUGGCGUUCAGUAAGGAUUCAUUGUACUUGUGCUCGACAAGUAACACCGAAACAGUGCAUGUUUAUAAAUUGGAAAAGUCUGACAAUCAAUCUCAACAGAGGUGCGUUCGAUUCGGUGGCUGGGAUAUUCAAUUCACUUUUAUUUUUUCGGUUUUU